UAGUAACCCACCACACAGCCGUUCUUUCAAUCAAUAUACAUCAACUCAUUGGAUUAAGAAGCAGCUAGGAGAAAUUUCGUCAAAACACAGAAUGGAAGGUUUACCAUUUUUACCUGGAAAUAGUUUUUCUGAUCCAGCAAAGUCAAGAUAUCACUUACCCCAUACUCUUGGUUACCAAAAUGGCUAUGCCCUACAAAAGAGGCCAGAGCUGGGAGUUGGUGGAGUUCCUUUGCCUAAGAACCAACUCUCAGAGGAAGAACUUGAUGAGCUGGCCAACUUCAAACCAACACUAACCUAUGGCCAGGCAAAACAAGCACCACCAUCUGACUUUGUACCAGCUCAUGUAGCUUGGGACAAAAAGGUAUUGCUGUUCAGAGGUUACUUCAAGCAGACCGUCCAUGAAUCCCCGGGAGAAUAUUUCCGUGUGCGUCCAGUCAACAUCUACUAUUACCUGGAAGAUGACAGCAUCUCCGUGGUGGAACCUCAUGUAGAGAACAGUGGAAUGCCACAAGGCAAACUGAUCAAACGCCAGCGGCUGCCAAAGAAUGACCAGGGAGACAACUGGCACUGGAAAGAUAUCAACCUUGGCCAGAAUAUCACGUUCUACGGCAAAGUUUUCCACAUCACAGACUGUGAUCAAUGGACAAGGGACUUCUUAGACAGUGAAGGCAUCGUGGUGAAUGAACCUGAGCAGCUGCCUCUGGAUCCUUACACGGAGGAGCGCAGAGUACGUGCUGAACUACGAACCUAUGAAACACCCUCAUCCUUUGACAAACUUAAACAGUUUCUGGAACUUGAUCGCAAAGUUCUCCGCUUCUUCUGUGCUUGGGACGACAGGGACAGCAUGUUUGGACAGAUGAGACCUUUCAUUUUACAUUAUUAUCUAGUGGAUGACACCCUGGAGAUACGCGAGGUAAGAGAACCCAAUGAUGGACGUGACCCAUUCCCUGUCCUGAUUGGACGCCACAAGGUCCCUAAAGAUCGCUACAACGUGGAAUCCUCUUUCCCUGGUGUUGUCAUGGAGCUGACCAAUAAUGAGAUCAAGGAGUAUUUCACGCCCCGUGACUUCAUGAUCGGUGAGACAGUGUACAUCUACGGCAGGCGUUUCCUGAUCUACGACUGUGAUAACUUCACCAAAGCCUUCUUCUACCAAAACUUUGGGAUCUCUGACUUCCCCACGGUGGACGUGAAGGGAAGAGCCAAGGAUGUACCCAAAAUGGAAAUCCCGCCAUACAACCAGUUUGGUUCCCUGGAAGACUCCCUGCAAUCUUGUCUGUCUCUCAUUCCACAGCCGCCCAAGAAAGAUUUCAUCAAAAUGUUGGAGAAUGACCACAAAGUGCUCAGAUUUGAGGCAAUACUGGACUCUGUGAAGCCAGAAGACAAGGGACGGCGGUUCAUUCUUUCCUACCGCCUAGCAGAUGACAUGAUGACCAUCUACGAACCCCCAGUGAGGAAUUCUGGGAUUAUUGGAGGAAAAUUCCUGGAACGUACACGAGUUGCCAAACCCAACAGUACCCCUGACCGUCCUGUGUAUUAUGGUCCUGCUGACCUCUGCCUUGGGUCCACCAUCGAGGUGUUCAAACACCGCUUUGUGAUCACAAACGCUGACGAGUACGUGCUGAAGUAUAUGGAAGAACACUCCAGUCAGUUCCCUGAGACAACCAUCAACUCCCUGAGGGCGACCCUGGGGAAGGGAGCCAGCGCCCAGGAGACAGUCAAGGGAGGAGACAUGAGGGUGAAGAGGGCUCCUGGAGACUUGGAGAAUCUAGUGCGUGAGGUGAAAGCUCAGCUGAAGAAGAUCGCCAUCACAGGCCGUCAGAGGAUAGACGACCUGUUCCUGAAGUACGACACAGACAGAUCUGGCUACAUUGACAAAGACAAGCUGAAGUACAUCUGCAAACAGAUACAGCUGCCACUGGAUGAUGAUGUCAUGGAUGCGUUGGUGGCGCAGUGUACAAGAGAUGCCGAGGGCAAGAUAAGCUUAGAGGACUUCAGAACUUUUUUUGAGAGCACGUAAAUAGGACCUCAACAACUCUACUAGGCUAAAAACUUUUUAACAAGAAAAAUGUGGAAAAUACUAUUGGCAUGCUGCUGAGAUUGUUCUUUAUGGGUUGAAGAUUGUGUAGUAUUGUUCAUGGAGGAGAAUUAAAGAAAAAGACAGUGUAUCAUUAUUGAAAUGAAUCAUAAAACACUGAUAUUGCAAGAAAAUAUAGCAAUUGGUUCUUAAUUUACACUUUAUUUUUUGAAAACAUAUAAACUUAAGGCAUCUUGAGCCAGGACUUUUUCCUUGUCCAAGAGUUUUCACUGACAGCAUUUAAUGUUGUUGUGAUGAAAGUUUGCAAUAGAAAUAAUAUAUUUUUCAGACUUCUUCACAUCUCAAGUGUAUAUUAUUGUGUAAAAUACUAGCUCUGUGUUGCGACAGAUGGUGUACAUAUUUAGAAUAAAUGAUAUACAGUGAAUAUUUA